GAGUUGUAUGAGGAAAUAGUAAUUGAACUUUGGACAGGUGUUAUUCUCUACAGAGUUCCCGGUAAUGGUAAAACUGUUUUCGCAAAAGCCGUCACUAAUCAAAUAUUUGCUACCUUCCUGCUUACCGUCGGAUCUGAGCUCAUCCAAAAGUACGUUGGAGAUGGUCCUAAACUUGUACGCAAGUUGUUCCGUGUGGUGGAGGAACAUGUACCAAGUAUCAGCUUCAUAGAUGAAACUGACGCGGCAGGAACAACACGUUACGACUCUACAUCCGAUAAAGAACAUCAAAUCUAACGCACCGUAUUGGAGGGUCUAUAUCUGCUAGAUGGAUUCGAUACGCGUAAACAUGUGAAGAUCAUCAUAGCUACAAAUCGGUCUGAAAUGCUAGAUCCUGUUCUUACUCACCCUGAAUAUAUUGACCAUAAGAUCGAGUUUCCUCUGCCUGACGUCAAAACAGACACAUCUUCAAUUUUCAGACUUUAUACUUCGCAUGUGAGUCUCGCUGAGGACGUGGAUCUUGAGGACUUCUGCGUAAUCAGGGAUGGCUUCUCCGCUGGUCAUAAGAAAGCGGUACAUACAGAAACUGGACUGCUUGCGUUGAAAGAAAGACGAAUAAGAGUCAUUAUAGCCGACUUCAGUUCCGCGAGAGAAGAGGUACUACACAGGAACAACGAAGAUACUGCGGAAGGGCUUUACCUGUAAUGAU